GGCUGUUGAUGUUGACACGGCCCCGGCGGCCGCAGCGCCCGCGGCCCCUCAGCGCCGGGGGGGCCCCUCCGAGUCCCCGCCCGCGGCCCCCCCGCCCCGCAGCGUCCCGCCGCUGGUCCCCGGUACCGCCCCGACCUCCGAACCCCCGUCCGCGGCUCCUCCGCCCCGCAGCUCCCCUCCGCUGACCCCCGGUACCCCCGCGGCGCCCCCCCCCAUGCGCGCCCCGCCAUGACGAUCCUCCCGAAGAAGAAGCCGGUACCGGCGCCAGACGGCGACGCGGAUUCCGGUCCGGACGCGGGGCCUGAACGCGGAGCGGACGCGGGGCCGGAGCGCGGCCCUGGAGGUGUCGGCGAACCCGGCGGACCCGGUGUGGGGGUACCGCGGCCUCGGGCCUCGCCGCCUCCUCCGCUGCGGGGCUGGGCCGGGCUGCCCGGAGCCGCCGGUUCUCCUCCACCCUCCGGGCCCGGAGGUCCCGGCGGCGGCGGCCCCGGCUCUGCGGAUGGACCCGCGGCUCUGCUGGGGCUGGAGGCGGCGGCGCUGGGGUUGCCCGAGCCCCGCGGGCCCGGCUGUGGAGGAGGCGGCGGGGGCGGCCCCGGGCACAGCAAGAGGCGGCGGCGCGGAGGGGCCGGGCCCAGCGCGGGAAGCGCGGGGUCGGGUCCCGGUGGGAUCGGGCUGGGGAUGGGGCUGGGCCCCGGCUGUGGAAGUCCCGGGCCCGACGAGGCGGGAGGAGGCUACAACAGCGAGGAUGAGUACGAGGCCGGGAGGGUGGAGAUGGAUCCGGCCACGGCCGAGCAGCAGGAGCACCGGUUCGAGAAGGCUCUGCGGGAGAAGAAAGGCUUCAUCAUCAAACGCAUGAAAGAGGACGGGGCCUGUCUGUUCCGGGCCGUGGCUGAUCAGGUGUACGGAGACCAGGACAUGCACGAGGUGGUGCGGAAGCACUGCAUGGAUUACCUGAUGAAGAACGCCGAUUAUUUCUCCAACUACGUCACCGAGGAUUUCACCACCUACAUCAACCGCAAGCGCAAGAGCACCUGCCACGGCAACCACAUCGAGAUGCAGGCCAUGGCCGAGAUGUACAACAGGCCCGUCGAGGUCUACCAGUACGGCACUGAGCCCAUCAACACGUUCCACGGGAUCCAGCACAACGAGGACGAGCCCAUCCGGGUCAGCUACCACCGAAACAUCCACUACAACUCCGUGGUGAACCCCAACAAAGCCACCAUCGGUGUGGGGCUGGGGCUGCCCUCCUUCAAACCGGGGCUGGCCGAGCAGUCCCUGAUGAAGAGUGCCAUCAAGACGUCGGAGGAGUCGUGGAUCGAGCAGCAGAUGCUGGAGGACAAGAAGCGUGCCACCGACUGGGAGGCCACCAACGAGGCCAUCGAGGAGCAGGUGGCCCGCGAGUCCUACCUGCAGUGGCUGCGGGACCAGGAGAAGCAGGCGCGGCAGGAGCUCUGGGACACCCCAAGUGAUGACAAUGGGGACAAUGGGGACAAUGGGGACAAUGGGGACAAUGGGGACAAGGGAUCCCAUGGCUUAGGGGUGUCCCCAUAA